AUGGGUGUUGAUUACUACAACGUACUAAACGUGAAUCCGACGGCGAGCGACGACGAUCUGAAGAAAUCGUACCGGCGACUCGCGAUGAAAUGGCACCCCGACAAAAACCCGACGACGAGCAAGAGAGAAGCGGAGGCUAAAUUCAAGCAGAUCUCCGAAGCUUACGACGUCCUGAGCGAUCCUCACAAGCGUCAGAUCUACGAUCAGUACGGCGAAGACGGACUCAAAUCCUCCGAUUUACCCACAGCGGAAGAGACGGCGGCUCAGCAGCAUCGGAGUUACAGCAACAACAACGAAUUCCGAUACUAUCCGCGAGACGCGGAGGAUAUAUUCGCCGAGUUUUUCGGCGCAUCGGGGGACGCAUUCACCGGCGGCGGCGGCGGAGGAAGUAGAUUCAGAAGCGCGGAUGUUCCGGUAAGUCAGACGAGUAGGAAAACUCCGGCGAAUCGAAAAGCUCCGGCGAUCGAAAGCAAAUUGGCUUGUAGUCUCGAGGAACUAUACAAAGGUGGGAGAAGGAAGAUGCGAAUCUCUCGCGUUGUUCCCGAUGGCUUCGGGAAGCCAAAGCCAGUGGAAGAGAUAUUGAAGAUAGACAUAACACCAGGAUGGAAGAAAGGAACGAAGAUAACAUUCCCGGAGAAAGGAAACCAAGAACCGGGCGUGACGCCGGCGGAUUUAAUCUUCGUGAUCGACGAGAAACCGCAUUCGGUUUACAAGAGAGACGGGAACGAUCUGAUUGUGGACAAGCAAGUCUCUCUUCUUGAUGCAUUAACCGGGGUGACCAUUAGCUUAACCACACUAGACGGGAGGAAUCUGACGAUCCCGGUUUUGGAUAUCGUUAAACCGGGGCAAGAGAUCGUGAUUCCGAACGAAGGAAUGCCGAUUUCUAAAGAGGUUUCUAAGAGAGGUGAUCUUAGGAUCAACUUUGAGAUCUGUUUCCCUUCGAGGCUAACAUCGGAGCAGAAGAGUGAUCUCAAGAGAGUUCUUGGUUCUUGA